GUAAUUUAUAUAUAAAACGCAAGAUACAUUUGUGAAUCCUUCUCUGUGCAUUCAUUAUUAAUGAGACUGUACUGACCCCAUACUAGUUUUUGGUUUGCAAUACAAACUUGAAAAGGUAAACAAAGUUUGAGUUGUCAGCUCUGGAGAUGAACUGAGGUUGGGUUAGAGUGCCACCAUGCGGACAGUCGCAUCAUCACCACAGCGUGUUUCCAUGGUAAUCGGGGAUUUGUCAACAACAGAUUACAUGAAUUUUCUUUCCAUACAAAGCCGAAGCUAUCGCUCGUCAAUCUAAUUCAUGGGCAGUAACUACAACAUAUGUAGGCUAUGGAGAAAGGCUAAGGGAAAGCACUGCCAGUAACACAAUGUCUAGAAGAGAGGGGCUGGGUGAACCGGACCGUGGCGCGUUGAGCAGCGAGCAGGAGGAGAAGCUGCGGCAGUUCAAGAUCAAAACGAGAAUCGACAAUGAAAAAUAUCUACGAUCCCAUCCAGAGAUAGAUAAACUGAUGAGUGACUUUUUAAGAGAAGUCCUUCUGAAGAGGCCACCAGACAUCCGACAGUUUGCAGCAGAACACUUCAACAACGACCUUUGUGAAACGUUGGAUCUGAAAAGCGAGGACGCUGUGAAAUGGAAUCAGGCUAAAUAAAGCAGUUAUUGCGUGUGUGUGUGUGUGUGUGUGUGUGUGUGUGUGUGUGUGUGUGUGUGUGUGUGUGUGUGUGUGUGUGUGUGUGUGUGUGUGUGUGUGUGUGUGUGUGUGUGUGUGUGUGUGUGUGUGUGUAAUAGUCAUAAAUAAAUAAAUGCUUCCUUGUUGGUGUCAUUAGUCAUUUAAGCAGGAUAAUGACGUAGAAAAAGCCCACUGGGUAUUACGUGAGCCCUGUUUGUGGAAAAAGAGUAUGCCUUACCUCGACUUAAAUUGCCACAUACACUUAACUAUGUGCUUUUUUGACCACAACUUGAUCAGUCCUGCAAAUA